AUGCCUUUCGACAAUAAUGUUCCUAAGCAUAGACCCCUGUAUUGCUGGUACGCCCCGAAAAGGCUGGCGCAGUCGUUUGCCGACAUCAACGCGCCGCGGUGGUUCAUCGAAGCCGCUGCCAAUGGCGGACCUUGGUACCAGUGGUCACCUGAGAUUCAAGUGUAUUUCCACAAUACUUUUGACAGAUGCCUUGAUAUCAUGAAAUCUACUGCAGCUAGCAGCACAUACCAGGCACGCAGAGAUUGUCGUGCUUGGUACACCGCCACGACACCCAACAACAGAUACCUCUUCGGCCGCGAGCUGAGAAACAAAGUUUUACAGUGCGAAAGGUGUGGGCUGUUCUACGACCACAAACUUCGCAUGAUCACACGCGCUCCCUGGCUUCCUAUUGUUCAAAUGUCUUUCGCUUUCUGUCCCGCCAACGGAAAUAACAGAUGCAACCAAGACCAACGCCCCGAUUGGAUCCGAGGAUUGGACAACAUCGAUAAACACUACGAAAACGUUAUUCUCGAGACAAUGCGCGCCUUGAGUAGGCUAAAUCCCGACAGUUUGAUCCGCUCUGUCCUUCCGAACGAGGCAACACCUGCCUUACUACCUGAAGGCGGCCUAUCUGAACUGAGGCGUGGUUACAAAGCGCUUCGCGUGCUCUGGAUCCGUGCAUUCACCGGCCCGAAGCCAGUGACGCCUAAGAAGGCUUGGAAGUACGCCCCUGAUGUGCCCACACCGGUGGAAGCGCCAGUGGGGAGGCAGGUUCCCGCGCACAUUGCCGAGAAAUAUCGCUCCCUUGGCAGUCCAUCACACUGGGGAGACAUUGACUACGAUCUCCAACUACUGGACGAGAGCCUGAUUAAUGAAGAGGAUCUGACCUACUUGUACGGAAUGCACGUGGAUGCGCUUCGUUGGAUCACGGCUCACGAUUGGGAACUGGAGAGAGAGCUGCUCAACGCAUAUGCCGGAAUGCGUCAGCGUGUCGACGAGGACCACUACCGGUUAAUGCGGAUUGCUUGCCAGCGUGCGAACACGGCAAUGGAGCGGGUUUUGGCAACCAAGAAUGCGGGACUCAAAAUCACUGAUGGGUUUGAACAUCUAUACGCCUUCAACGGUGUGCGUUUCCGCGAGCUUCUCAGCGCCCUGUGUGCAGACUUGGAAACCCACCGGUCCGGCAACCGCGCCCUCGACAAGCCAGUGUGGGCGGAUGCCUGGAAAAACGCGACGGUCUCUCACAAAGGACAGCGCGUGUAUGCGCCUCAGGUCACAGGACUUCGGGGUUUCAGGGCUUCAAAAUAG